AUGUCGGGCUUCGAGGCCAUCGGCAUCGCCUGCAAUAUCAUGCAAAUCCUCGGCACGGCGGCCAAAGCAGUCAUCCUCUGCAAAAGCAUCUAUAAGGGACGACCAGGCACGAUCGACGACGAGCUCGUGCUUGCGGCCGAGUCGCUCAAGGCGAUUUCCGACAGCAUGCAGAACAAGUGUGCCGAGUGGAAGCGACAGGGCGAUGAUGAGGAGAAGCUGGCCCGGACGGCCGAGAAGUGUGGCGUCGUGGCCAGGGCCCUCAUCGACGAGGUCGCAUACAUGACCAAGCAUCAGGCGCAAGGCGAUCUGCGUGCGGCGCUGAAGACUACCUUGACAACCAUGUGGAGAGGGAGGCGCCUCCGCGAGACAGAAUCUUCCCUCCGGAAGUGCGAGGACACGAUGAGGACGCAGCUGCUGCAUAGAAUUUGCAAGCAGAACGAUCUGUUGGCCUUGAAGCAAUCGAAGGCUUUCGCAACUUUUGACGCGGCACAGCGACAGUUUGUAGAUGUUUGCGCCGCCGGCUUUCUAGGCCUGACGGCAUUUGUGAACAACGAGUCCGAGCACAUGAGGCAGCACAUGACUGAAGAAUCCAACGGCGCAGUACAGGCAAUCACGACUGCAAUCGACUCGUCGGCCAUGAGAACUCGGGAUGAACUGACGCGGUCCGCCAAUGAAUCACGCGAACGGGCUCUUGAGCAGUUAUCGGAUCAAUUCGAGACCAUACGAUUAAAGACAUAUACUGAGAACGAGCGGCAGCGAUUCUUGAAGAGCUUCAGAUACAUCGAGAUGAAUGCUAGGCAGAGCGCGAUUCGUGAGGCCGAGCGUUCCACAUUUGACUGGAUAUUUGGAAACGAAAAUGAGGGAUCCGUUCAGCAACCCCCAGAACAAGAGGAUUACGGCUCAGCUGAAGAGCAUGCGGACUGGGAUUCUUCAUCCGAGUAUGAAUCCGGCCACGGCACGAGAGGAGAUGUAUCCCAAGACAGAGCUUUCCUCAAAUUGGACAGCACUCUCUGGGAUAAUUUUGGCGAUUGGCUCAAGUCGGACGACAAGCUGUACUGGAUUAGUGGAAAACCCGGCUCUGGAAAAAGCACACUUGUCAAGUACAUCGCCCAGAACGAGCGAACAAAGCGCGAGCUCAGCGGCUGGCGACCAAACACCUUCAUCGUCACGCAUUACUUCUGGAAGCCAGGCCGGGGCCUCCAGAAGAGCUUCAAGGGCAUGCUUUUGAGCAUUCUCUACCAAUUACUCGGCUCCGAGUCGACGGUCCUUGAUGAGGUCAUGUCUCGCUACAAGGCGCGGACUAAAGGUCCUGAUGACCACUCGGAUUGGAGCGUGGAUGAGGCUAGCCGCCUAGUGCACUAUACCUUGAAGCAUUGGCCCAAUACCCUCUUCUUCGUCAUUGAUGGCCUGGACGAAGCGGAAAGCUCGGACUCGGAGGAUAUCAUGGGCUUUGUUCAUGCAAUACUUCGGUAUAACCACGUCAAAGUGUGCGUGGCAAGUCGCCCCGAACGCAUGUUUGAGAAGCAAUACGGAAAGGCGCAGCACUUGAGACUGCAUUACUUGACUGAGCGCGACAUGAUCCGCUUCUUCCGACGGCGCAUAGGACACGCUAUUAGUGCCAGUGGGAUGCCGCGACAAGAGCAAGAGGACUUCGAGUACGAAGUGGUGCGAAAAUCCUCGGGUGUCUUUCUUUGGACCGUGCUCGCCAUCAGGGCCCUAUCCGUGGGACUCAGGAAUGAUGAUACAGCUAAGGAGCUCUGGGAACGCCUGCGAAUGCUUCCGGAGGAACUAAGUGGGCUCUACAAGGAUAUGUGGGCUCGUCUCAACCAGAACAAUGCGCUCUAUCAGCAACGUGGUGCUGCGUAUAUCGAAGUACUCACCGUCCUGAAGCAAGUCCAAAACGAACAGGAUCCCGAGCUCGCACGAAUUGACAGAACUCCUGCGUGGCCACUAAUCGCCUAUAUGGGAGCCUUCGACCCCCUGAUUCAAAACGCCAUACUUCGACCAGAAGUCGACUUAUCUGUUGAACAUCUUGUCGCCAGGAUCCAGGCUUUCGGUGCCGACGUUAAAAAGGCCAUCCAGAUAUGGGCCUCGCUUGUAAAGCUCUACCAAGAGGCAUUUCAGACUUCGGGCAGUGAUUGCUGGCGGCCACUGCGAGAGAGUAUUAUUGAUGAUAUCCGCAAUGGAUCCGACGACUACCAACUGGUAGACACCGAAGAGGAACUGCCGAUGUCGUUGAUAGAAGAUGGGAGGCCCGAGUACUGCCUGACGGAGGAAGCCGACAAAUAUGCGGGAUUGUAAGGUCGACUGAUCCGAGCUCAAACACAGUAUAGUCUUGUACCGAAUUCUCAGUGUGUGGUCGGGAAGCAAUGGUUUUGAUAAAAUCUUUGAGCUACAAAUAUAGCAACACCUUGUGUCAAAUUGGG